AUGGCAUUUGGGUUUUGCUCACUGCGUCCUACUCUCACUUACUUCUUCUCCUCCCACGCGCUUGCGCGGCGCGUUGCACCAACUCGUUCGCUGCGUAUUUCCCGAGCUUUAUCAGCUGCUGCGACUGUUCCGAUAAGCUCCUCCUUCACCUGGGACGACGUCGUAGAGAUCGGUCGAGCAGAGUAUGCGCCUCACAACUCCUCCUCAGACCUCAACGGAUUUCUCGAGAAAGUCGAGCAUUGCAAUCGCGGAUCCGAAAAAGUAGCUGACUUCAUUCCCUUUGUUAUAGAGGAACAAAUCGUUGGUUACAUUCACAAUGAAUUUACAGAGUACUUGAGGGACUUUGCUGAUAUUUUUAAUGUUUCUGCCCCCGACCGCGUUGGUGGCUAUGUAACACUUAAUCCGAUGCUUGAAAAGCCUGAAGACAGAACCAGAGCAGUUGCAGAUGUAAUCAAAAUCUUGGCUGACAAAGGAAUCAUUCCAGGUAUACGAAAUGAGCUGUAUCCUGUGAAACCAUCAUUUGAUGCUCCCGUCUUGUUUUCGCUAGAGCGUGCUGCUGCUCCUUAUUUCGGAUUAAAGGGUUACGGAAUUCACAUGAAUGGUUAUGUAGAAAGAGAUGGAGAGAAGUUUCUAUGGAUAGGUAAGAGAAGCCUCACAAAAUCCACUUAUCCAGGAAUGCUUGAUCAUCUUGUUGCUGGAGGAUUGCCUCAUGGGAUAAGCUGCGGUGAGAACGUAGUAAAGGAAUGCGAAGAAGAAGCUGGGAUUUCCAAAGUUAUUGCUGAAAGGGCGAUAGCGGUCGGUGCUGUUUCAUACAUGGAUAUCGAUAAGCACUGCUUCAAACGUGAUGUGCUGUUUUGUUAUGAUUUGAAACUCCCUGAAGACUUUGUUCCCCAAAACCAAGAUGGAGAGGUUGAGAGCUUCAAGUUGAUUCCAGUAGCUCAAGUUGCUAAUGUUCAUCAGACCAGAAUCAUCUGGUUACUUGGAUCUAUACAAACGCCUAAGGAAUGGAGAUUGCUCAUAAGGAUGCUACUGUCUUUUUCCUAUCUGAUGCUUGUUAGGUUCUGUUAA